AACUUACUUUAUUAAGUCUGUAAUAAAAUGUGAUUGGGACUGUCGCGCUGCUUUGUAUAAUGCAUUAUAAUAUUGAUCAAAAAUUAAACAAAAGUUCUUCGUUCAGUUAGACAAACGAAAAUACGCACAAAGAACGAAAAUGCAUUCAGUUGGAAUACAUUCGGCUAUGGCCAUUAAGCGGCAGCGUAAGAGAAGAGAUGAACAGAAAAGAGCCCGAGAACGGAGGUACAGCACUCAAAGCUCUGAGAGUGGCGAGACAUUUCAUUCACCCAGUGGGUCUGUGAGACGCAAAUAUCAUCACCAUCAUGCAGCCAAGCCUGGACCAGGAAUGCUUGACAGCCAGGUUGUCACAAGCAUUGGAAUGCUUCAUAUCGGUAUUGUGUUCAUUGUGUUUGGAGUUUUUCUUAUCGGGGCAGGAAUUAUUCCAGAUGAGACAAUGUCCUGGAAUGUGUUUAGUUCAAGCUCUGCGUGGUGGAAUGAAGUGACUUGCACUGGAUUGUUUUCCCUUGGCCUGGGCUUAUUUUUAUUAGUUUUGAACUGCCUCAUAAGUCGAAAGGAAGAGGAGGAUCUGGAGGACUACGUACAGCGGCAGCUUACUCGCUCGCGUUCUGGGCACCGCCUUGAACGAGAUGUAGAAACUGGUGUGCUAACCACGCGGCAUGCUCGCAAAGCUGUGGCCUUACAAAAAAGCGGCCGCAAUAACUCCCCCACAGAUGUUGCAGUGGUAAACUGCACAUCUUCGGAUAAUUUAUCUAACGGACCGAUAGUUGGACGUAAUUGUAUGAAUAACUCUGGUGAUAUACUCCUCGAAAAAAUUAUAGAGGAAGAUACUCCCUAUUUAAAUGACAGAAGUGCAGGAAUAUCGCCGAUCGAAAUAGAAAACGAUACAAAACAGCUGUUAAGAAGGGAGUCUAUUAAUGAUGCAAUCAAUAUAACAAGAAUAUAAAAUCACUUACUGUAAAUUCUUUAUUUGAACAGCUUAAAGGUACAUUGCCCAUUGCAUAUAAUCAACUGCAACAAUUUUUUAAGAACAAUUUAAGCUAACUAUUGUUAUAGCCUUUGUACUUGUACCCAUGUGUGUAUGUGUGUAUACUCAAUCUUAUGUACAUCCGUCAAACCAUUUAAAAGUUUGCAAAUAACCUAUUAUGCCUAUUAUUAGCUAUUAUAAUUUCAUAACCAAAUUAUUAUUUAUGAGCUUUUGCAGAGUGCGUCGAACAAUGAAGUAUUAUUGCAGAUUAGGAACGGAAAACUACUAUGUGGGUUUUACACUGCUUUUGGGAGGUAAGCCGAGUUUGUCGAUACAAAAAGCAAAGCUGUGAUGAAUGCGCCUCCCAAACUCAGUGUAAAAUAAAAUGCAUCAGAAUGGGAAAGAGCUGGACAUAACCUGAAUUUUUAAAAUAUCCCCUCUGACUGAAAACGUAUAUUUUGGGGCUCCUACUGUAUUCUUUUAAAAAGAAAUUUGAAUAAUUUCCAUUGUUUAAAGAACCCGUUUGUCAAAUAAAUAACAAUCCAUGAUAAUCUUUUCGAAUAAAACAUCUUACCGAUUUACCCAAGUUCCAUAAAUCAGCUCCUCCACAAUGUUUAUGAAUCUACAUACGCGAGAUCAACUAUAACGUUUAUCUGCUGACUAGUGUAAUAACAAACAAACUAUUGCACAAUAAUUUAUAUUAUAUAUGUAUGUACAAAUAUGAAA